UCCUAAAACCCGCCUCGACCAAAAAAAAAGAUUUGCCUCUCCAAGUCUCUUGUCUGAGUAGAGCCCUACUCUCUGCAUUCCCGUGCCAUACCACAAUAUGGUGUAUCGCGGUAAGCCAUCGACGGCAUGUGAGAUCUGCCGUUGGAAAAGGCGAAAGUGCGACCAGGGCCGCCCAGCGUGUGGGCAAUGCAUCCGAGGAAUGGUGGCUUGUCCAGGAUAUCGAGAUCUAUCCGGCUUGGCGAUCCACAACGAGACCAAGGAUGUCAUUCGCAAAGCCAAGGCUUCGAAUACUAGGAGGCGAGCCUCAGGCCUCGACCCAUCAGAGGGACCUGAUUCACACACAUCUUUGCCGAGUAGCACGUCGCCCGAUCCUCCGAACGGACUGGAUGUAGCAGCGCCGCCAAGCCAGCUGUCAACAUCACUUCAAGACGUUGCCGUGUCGCACUUCGUCCUCGCCUACGCCCCAAGUGGCCAGUUCGGCUACCUCCCAGACCUCGUCGAUCCCGACGUCCUCAACGCCGCUGCAGCCAUAUCAGGGACAGUACAGGGAAAAGUCACCACCCCUCUUCCACGCGCCAUAUUGGCUUGUUCCUUGGCCACUCUCUCGUUAACUCCAGCCUACUCGUCCCGGGCCAUUCUUUCCAUCGCCUACAAGACCUACAACACCGCUAUCGCGUCUCUCAAUGUCGCCCUCUCCAUUCCUGCCACUUCCGCACUCGACGAUACUUUACUAUCCGUCCUACUACUUGGCCUCUUUGAAGCCGUGCUCUUUCGUGGCCGCAAGAGCCCCACCUCCUGGACUGCUCACACCCACGGUGCUCUCGCCCUCGUAAAUAUGAGGGGCAUAGAGCAGUUCAGGACCGACCUAGGGAGGAAGAUGUUUCUACAUGCCUCUCAAAACAUCCGGGGCAGCUGCGCCCAGAUGUCAAUAGACCCUCCGAGGGAGCUCAUGGAGCUCCAAGACCUGGCAAUAGCGCAGAAGUUGCUCGAUCUGCGAAGGGAGGUCGGGCCCCGGAUAGGCGUGGCGAUGGAAAAGAUGGCAAGCAUGCGGGCUAAAGUCAUCCGGCUUGGUGGCUUCUCUUCGCCUCGGUCUCGCAGCAUCAUUAUGAACGCCUUGGAACAAGAUGACGAGGUCACCAGCAUCAUAAGAGAUGCGAUGGGCAACCAAAAGAUUGUGGCCGAUUAUCCUGUCCUGGUAAGGCAUCAAAGGGUGCAUCCUCGACUUGCACGCAUUGUGAUGAUCUUGCACUCGGUUAGACUGCUCUUCAACACAUUCGCAUACCGGUCUCUCACCGAAUCGCCGAGAUGUGGUUGCCACGUGGAAGAUAACAGGACCGUCACCGACGACAUGGACCACCUAGGGUGUCUUACCGAGAAUCAAGAGCGAACAGUCCUUCAACUCGUCACCUUGCACGGCAACGAGGCCGUGAGGGAGAUCCUCGGCCACGUUGCGUUUUUCACGGGGCGGCACUCCCAGGCGUACCUCCAGAGGUACCUGAUCUGGCCACUGUCAGUCAUGGCAGUUUCGCCGCUUGCCGCCCAGUCCGCGCGUGGUCUUGCCUUGGACCACCUACACGGCAUUGGUCGGCAGUUUGGGCUUGGGCAAGCUGAGCAGGCAGCACAGAUGGUUGAAGAAGCCCGGCCUAUGGAAGAUUGGCUUCAUGUGCACAUUCUGUCUUGAGGGUCCGAAUUCUCCAUGAUUAUGAUCAUGCUGUUGAGUAGCAUCCUCGU